AUGACGCGAAUAAGGGAACAGGACGCAGGACAACACAUUCCGGCCAAGGACGUCAAGCAUAUAGUGCGCUACAUUUUGGUCAGCAGAGAACUAUAUAAAAGGGGAUUUGUAAUGCCUCUACUUAAGUGCAUCUCCCGAGAAGAGGUGCAAUAUGUGUUGAGGAAGUUACAUGAAGGUGUGUGUGGCAUGCAUAUAGGCAAAAUGGCCUUGAGGGCUCGAGUAUUAAGGGCAGGGUAUUUCUGGCCCACCUUGGAGAAAGACUGCAAUGAUUUCGUCCAAAAAUGUCUUAGCUGUCAGAAGCAUGGCAACAUGCAGAAUCUACCGACCAUCGAGCUUCAUGUCUUGACAUUUCCUUGA